AUUAUCAUAGCUUACAAUACUUCCAAAUAUGGCUGAAAAAAUCAGUUUCAACACUCAAAUCUUUGGUAGAGUCCGCCUCGCUACGGAAUCGGACGUGCCACAUCUCCACAAACUCAUGUAUCAAAUGGCAAAAUAUCACAAUUACACUAAAGUUUUUAAUGCCACGGAAGCUUCCGUUACUACCAAUCUUUUCAAAUCCGAUAAUCCAUGCCCUCCUUUUUACUCGGUUACCACAUUCAUUCUUGAAGUCUCACCCGACUCUUUUCCUCAAAAUACCCCUAAAAAUCCCAUUUUCGACCCAAUUUUGAAAACUGUUGAUUUUGAUUCACCUAUAUUAGACUCAGAAUUAGAACUGUUCAGAACAAACAACAACAUAUUCAAUACAGUCUCACAAGUGGAUAAUCAAAAACUGUUCAGAAGUACUAGUAAUGAAGAUAAUAACGUCUUUGUAGCUGGCUAUGUUCUUUUUUACCCUUGCUAUUCGGGUUACUUUGAGAAACCUGGUUUUUUUAUUGAGAACAUGUUUGUUAGGGAGUGUUAUAGAAAGUGUGGAUUUGGGAAAAUGUUGUUUUCUGCUGUGGCAUCUCAAGCAAUUAAAAUGGGGUUUACUAAAGUUGAUUGGCUUACUGUUGGAUGGAAUGAAAAUGCAAUUGAUUUUUAUCUUGGGAUCGGAGCUUAUAUUAUGCAAGAAGUCAAACGUUUUAGGCUUUCUGGUGAAGGACUUGAUGCAUUUGCUACAAAUGAUCAAGAUGGUGGUGACAAGGUUUGAGU